AUGCGGGAUCGUGCCCACGGAGUUUCGGGGCUCAGCACCGCCUUUAAUACCCAGGGCUAUCACUUACUCAUGACAACAAGAAUGGCCAUAGAGGAGAUCAAUAACUCCAGCACGCUGCUCCCCAAUGUCACUCUGGGCUAUGAGCUAUAUGACACUUGCUCCGACCCCACCAACAUCUACGGAGUCCUGCGGAACCUCUACCAGCCUGAAGAGCCCUAUUUGAAGAUGCAGAACAACUUCACCAACUACAAGACAAAAUCCAUCGCUGUGGUCGGACCAUCCAGCAGUAGUUCUGCUUUUAUUGCAGCCAGCAUAUUGGGCAAGUUUCUUGUUCCCCUGAUAAGUUACUCGGCCUCUCAUGAGCAGCUCAGCGAUAAGAAGAUCUAUCCAUCCUUCCUUCGCACCAUCCCCAGCGACAAGCUCCAAGUGGAAGUCAUCUUAAAUCUGCUACAGAGGUUUCAGUGGACGUGGGUGGCGAUAGUUGGCAGUGAUGACGUCUAUGGCCGGCAGGGCGUGAAAGACUUGAAUAACUUGGCGAGCAAGAAUGGCAUCUGCAUAGCAUACCAGGGCCUGAUCCCGUACAGCACAGACACAACUGUGGUUAAGAAGAUGGUGGCCAACAUUAUCCAGACCAGAGUCAAGGCAACUGUGGUCUUCUCAGCCUUUUUAAACGCAAGGAUAUUUUUUCAAGAAGUCAUAAAUGCCAACAUCACCGACUUUGUCUGGAUCGGGAGUGAAAGCUGGUCAAUGGACACUCAAAUCUUAGCACUCACCAGUAACAAAAGAAUCGGCUCGGUAUUAGGAGUUUCAGUGGAUCAGGUCUAUUUCCCAAAGAUCCUCCAAUUUGAAACGGAAUAUGUCACAUCUCCAAAAAUGAAAACCAUGGGCCAGAAUGGCUGCAACCAAGUCUGCCAGGACUGUCAGGCCUUCACACUGCAGACUAUGCCCACCGCCACUCAGUUUGCCAUGUCUUCUUCUUUCAAUGCCUAUUCGGCAGUGUACGCCAUAGCAAAUGCCUUACACAAUCUACUCGACUGUGAGUCUGGACAGUGCAGUAAAAAUACUUUCUACCCAUGGCAACUUCUGCAAAAAGUGAAGAAUGUGAAUUUCACUUUCUACAAUAAGACUAUUAAUUUCGACAGUAAUGGAGACCCAGCCACUGGUUAUGACAUAGUCAUGUGGUCCUUGAGUGGCGACACCCCAACCAUCAAAGUCAUUGGCUCCUACAGUAAAACUUCACAGAGGUUGCAGUUGAAUGACAAACUCCAGUGGCACACCAAGGACAAUACCGUACCAGAAUCAGUUUGUUCUAAAGAAUGUGGAAAAGGAGAAAGAAGGGUCCAGACUGGGUCCCACACCUGCUGCUUUGAAUGUAUCCCCUGCCCGAAAAUGAGUUUUCUCAACACAAGCAAUCUAUAUUUGUGUCAACCUUGUGGAACUGACCAGUGGUCACCAAUAAAAAGUGACAUCUGUUACAACCGAACAGUGGAAUACCUACCUUGGACUGACCCAUUGUCCCUCGUUCUUCUCACUCUUGUUACAUUGUUGCUCUUAGUGACCAUAGCAAUAGCCGUUAUAUUCGUGAUCAAUCUAAACACUCCGGUAGUGAAAUCUGCAGGAGGGAAGAUGUGUCUGGGGAUGUUAACGUCUUUAGCUCUCUCUCUUUGCACAAUAUACUGCUAUUUUGGCAAGCCUGGAAUUAUCACGUGUAUGGUGAGGCAACCCAUCUUUGCCGUGAGUUUCACCGUCUGCUUUGCUUGUAUCGUGGUCCAUGCCUUUCAGAUCGUGUGUAUUUUCAAGAUGGCUUCCCAAAUGCCUAGAGUUUACGAAAUCUGGGUGAAGAAGAACGGCUCGGACGUCUUCAUUGCCGUCAGUUCCACCAUCCAAGUUCUGAUCUCCGUUGUGUGGAUCGUGGUGAAGCCUCCAAGGCCUGUAGCAGAUUAUUCCACCUUCCCGGAUCAGAUCAUACUGAAAUGUUCCGAGACCGUGUCUGUCGGCUCCAUCGCUGAAAUUAUUUUCAUUGCUUUCCUCAGCAUGAUAUGUUUCAUCUUCUGCUACAUGGGGAAAGAUUUACCGGCAAACUACAACGAGGCCAAGUGCAUCUCAUUCAGUUUACUGGUCUACUUCAUCUCAUGGAUCGGGUUCUUCACCACGUACAUCGUCUAUCAAGGGAAGUACCUUGCCGUGGUCAAUGUUGGUGCCGUGCUCUUCAGUGUUUUUGGGAUCCUAGCUGGAUAUUUCACUCCGAAAUGCUACAUCAUUCUGUUCAGACCAGGAAUGAACACUACGGAACAUUUCCAGAGUGCCAUCCAAGAUUACACCAAGAAACAGUCCGCACAUGAGUAAUGAUCAGAGGAGCAUUACUAAGUCCAUCGGGCUGAUGAUUAUGGAACUAUGUAGAGCAGGGGGUAGGCGACCUGGGGCCCCCCCAGCUGUUACAGAACUACAAGUCCCAUCAUGCCUCUGGGAGUAAUUGUAACAGCCAGCCUUGUAAUGCCUCCUGGGAAAUGAAGUUCAACAACAGCUGGAGGGACCCAGGUUGCCUACCCCUGAUGUAGACUGACUACCUAGAAAAGCAUUGUUUGUAAAAUUAAAAGAAAAUCUGAAAACUGGGGCUGGAGGAAACUGUCAUAGAGCAACCAAUCACAUUCCAGCUGUAGUGUUUUUUUUUUUAGCUUUAUUGAAUAGCCCAGUAUUACAUAUUAGGGUGUUGACAUAAAAGGGGU